UGCAUCAGAAGAUGUUGCACUGGCAGACGGAUAAAUUUACCAUGGCAAAAUAUAAUUUAUUCGUUAAUGAUAUCUGGCAUGGACAGCGGUGUGAAUAUUGGUUUAUCCAAUUGUUUCAAUAUCUUUGUCACCAUGACCAAAUCAACCACCAUUAUAUUUAUUCUUGGAUUUUCUCUUCUCUUUAAACUGGAGAAAAAGUCAUGGUCUCUAGUAGGGAUAGUGGUGAUGAUAGCAGGAGGAUUAGCAAUGUUCACCUAUAAAUCUACCCAUUUGGUAUUCUCGGAUUUUAUUGUGUCUUCUAGCUUUGUUUGCAAGUGGUAUUCGAUGAACCAUGACACAACUCAUUAUGCAAAGAUCCAAACUCGGUCUCCACGAUCCGAUAGAUAUGAUGUAUUAUAUGCAACCUUGGAUGUUAUUACCUGCAAUAUCUGUAACCGUGUGGUAUAA